CUGGGCUGGGACCCGGAACGCCUCGCCGCUAAGCCGCGGCCGCGCUUCGCCCACCGAAGGACGCCGCCGUUGGCCCGCCCGGCCGCCCGGAAUGCCUGCUUCCUGAGCACAGUUCUCCGAAUUCCUCAUCGAAGUUCAGAAGAGCAUGGAGGGGAAUCUUCAAGCCUGACUUCUUGUUCAUCCGGCAACCAUGCUCGAAGGAGAUCUUAAAUCUGGACUGGUUCCUGGACCUGCUUCUCAUCGAGAUCCCUCUCCAAGGGACCCGUGUACGGCCCCUCCUCUGAGAGCAGGGCAGCGGAUUCUUGACGGAUUCCUCCGGAGAGAUGUUUUAUUCGGCAGUGCUUUCCUGAUCAGGCUCGGCCUCAUCUUUUAUGGGAUUUAUCAGGACAGGACGAUGCUGGUGAAAUACACAGACGUUGAUUAUCUGGUCUUCACCGAUGCCGCGAGAUACAUCACGGAAGGGAAAUCUCCUUACCAGCGGGCCACGUACCGCUACACUCCGCUCCUUGGUUGGAUGUUAACCCCGAACAUUUAUGUGAGCGGCUUGUAUGGCAAGAUCCUGUUUGUGGCUGGGGAUCUGCUGGCCGCGCUCCUGAUGUACCGGAUCUUGCUCCUCCGAGGGCUGGGAAGCAGGAGGGCCUGUGGCUGCUGCGCCUUCUGGCUGCUCAACCCGCUGCCCAUGGCCGUGUCCAGCCGAGGAAAUGCCGAGUCGCUCGUGGCCAGCCUGGUCCUUGGCACCCUCUAUUUCAUAGCCAAGGGGCGCUUGGUGAAGGCGGCUGUCCUUUAUGGCCUCGCCGUGCAUGUGAAGAUUUACCCGGUGACUUACGCACUGCCCUUCGUUCUCUAUUUGCAAAGCAGCGCUGGGACAGAGCCGGGAGCGGCAAAGGAGAAGGGGAAGGUGGCUUUAGAGGGCCGCCGCUUCAGGCUUUCCCUGAGGUUGUUCCCUCGCGAGGUCCUGCUGUUCGCCAUGGUGUCCGGGGGCACUUUUGCCGCCCUGGGCCUUGCGUGCUACCUCCGCUACGGCUGGGAAUUUCUGGAGCACACCUACCUCUACCAUUUGCUCCGCAGAGACACCCGCCACAAUUUCUCCCCCUAUUUCUACAUGCUGUACUUGACGGCCGAGAGCGACUGGGGCUUGGUGCUGGGGCUGGCUGCCUUCCUGCCCCAGCUGCUGCUGCUGCUGGCCAUUUCCUUUGCCUAUCACCGAGACCUCGCCUUCUGCUGCUUCCUGCACACGGCGGUUUUUGUGAGCUUUAACAAAGUGUGCACCUCCCAGUAUUUCCUGUGGUACCUUUGCCUUCUCCCCCUCGUCCUGCCUUUCCUGCAGAUGUCCUGGUCACGGGGGGCUCUGCUGCUGCUGCUGUGGCUCCUCGGGCAGGGCCUGUGGCUGUUUCCCGCUUAUCUGCUUGAGUUUAAAGGGCACAAUACAUUUCUGCUGCUGUGGCUCGCGGGCUUGGGCUUCCUCUCCAUCAACUGCGCGAUCCUUGUUCAGAUGAUUUCUCGCUACCGCCCAGAACACAGCCCCAGGAAAAUGAAGCCGCUGUAGGUUAGCUUGCUCCAGCGGGGAGCUCCUUCAGGCAGUGGAGUCGUUUGGAGCUGGGCGGCUUCAAAUAAAUGAAAUAAAUAAAAUUGCUCUGAGAAGAGUUAAUGGCUGAGUAGAAUUUGUGGGAGGGCAACUGUGUUAGUCUGCGGCGGCAAAAAAUCAGGAGUCUUUCCGACGAACAAAUUUGAUUAGAAAUUGGAUUCAUGGAAUAGAAUGUUUCUAAGGCUUUGGGGUUUUAUAGAUAGUUUACAACAAGGUCUGUCUAUUCUAAAUGUACCAAAUAUGGAUAUACAGUAAGGAAAUAAAGUCUUACAUGAUAACACUC